UACAUCAGGUGUCCCCAUCAGAGUGCCCCCUUACAUCAGGAUCCCCAUCAGAGUGCCCUGUUACAUCAGGAUCCCCAUCAGAGUGCCUCCUUACAUCAGGAUCUCCAUCAAAGUUCACCCUUACAUCAGGAUCCCCAUCAAAGUUCCCCCUUACAUCAGGUGUCCCCAUCAGAGUGCCUCCUUACAUCAGGAUCCCCAUCAAAGUUCCCCCUUACAUCAGGUGUCCCCAUCAGAGUGCCCCCUUACAUCGGGAUCCCCAUCAAAGUUCCCCUUUACAUUAGGUGUCCCCAUCAGAGUGCCCCCUUACAUCAGGAUCCCCAUCAACGUUCACUCUUACAUCAGGUGUCCCCAUCAGAGUGCCCCCUUACAUCAGGAUUCCCAUCAAAGUUCCCCCUUACAUCAGGAUCCCCAUCAAAGUUCCCCCUUACAUCAGGUGUCCCCAUCAGAGUGCCCCUUACAUCA